AUGGAAAACAAGGAACCGGGUGAAGAUGAUUUUGAAGAUAUGACAGAUGGUGUGUUAAGGGAUCCUGCUGAAUACUUCUUCGAAUAUUAUGAUAAGAAUUUUUGGAAUGUUGUUGCAGAACUGACAAAUCUAUAUCAUGUGCAAAGUAAUAGUAAGAAUUUGAAAGCAAAUAUGAACGAAAUUCUUUCCUUUGUUGGGAUCGAAAUUCUAAUGGGUACGCUCAAGCUACCACAAGCCAAGAUGUACUGGAGUAGGCUAUUUGAUCUGCCUCUCAUCAGUGAUACUCUGACUCGGGACAGAUACUUCAAGUUACGCAAUCAUUUACAUUUUGUGAAUAAUUUACAUGACCAAGAUAGGAGUGACAAACUUUGGAAAGUGAGGCCUGUGAUUAAUGUUUUCAGGAAUAAGUGUCUCGCUUUGCCACGGUCUAAGCACCUAUCAAUUGAAGAGCAGAUGAUUCCAUUCUCUGGCAGAUGUGCAAUGAAAACUUAUGUGCCAUCAAAACCCAAUCCUCUUGGGUUAAAAAACUUUAUUUUGGCAUCUUCAGACGGUUUAGUUCUUGACUUCAUAAUAUAUACUGGCAAAGGAACAGUGCCCGACACUGAAUUAAAAGAAAUAGGUUUAGGUGCAAGUGUAAUUAAGCUGUUGACUGAGACAGUUCCAAACAAUGGGCAGCAUGUGAUAUAUAGUGACAGAUUUUUUACAGGCAUUAAGUCAAUUGAGUUUUUCUUAAGCAACAACAUACAUCAAACAGGUAGUGUAAUGAAAAACAGAAUUUUUGAUGUGGCUUCAAAAUUCAAAACUGAUUGUGAUCUAAACAGAGGUGAAUGGGAUGAAUAUGUGAGGGAAGACAAAAAGCUGUGUGCACUUAAAUGGAAAGAUAACAAGGCUGUCAUUUUGGUAUCGUCUUUUGUUGGGAGUGAGCCACAAGUUACUUGUAAGCGAUGGUCAAAGGUGCAGAACAGAAGUAUUGAUGUACCACAACUAACUAUUGUGAAGAGUUACAAUUUUAACAUGGGUGGUAUUGACUUAUGUGAUAGAUUCAUGGCCUACUACAGGUCAAAUACCAGAACAAGAAAAUGGACAAUCAGACUAUUUAACCAUUUUAUUGAUUUAGCUAUUAUUAAUUGCUGGAUUAUGUACAAAAGAACCUGUGCAAAAGAAUUAGUACCAAAGUGUAACAGACUGUCCCUAAUAAACUUCAGACUGAAUGUGGCCAAUGUAUUGAUAAAGGGUUCUCAUGUCAGAGGGUCGUCACAACUCUCCAAAGAAAUAAUCUUUGAUGAACAGGAGAUCACUGACAGCUCAGGAGAAGAUGAAGACAAUAAACCCAAAAGAAGAAAAGUUGUUUCCAUGCCAAGGAAGCCAACUCGAUAUGACCGGAUUGAUCAUCUUCCCCAAUACGUAGAGGCAAAGAAUGCUUCUAAAUGUCAUUUUGAAGAUUGCAAAUCCCACACAAGAACCUUGUGGAAGAAGUGCAAUGUUUAUUCAUGUGUGACUAAAAACAAUUGUUUUGUAAAAUUCCAUCAACAAAAACUUUAA